AUGGCCCAAACCGAAAGAACUUUUAUCGCUAUCAAGCCCGAUGGUGUCCAAAGAGGCCUCAUCUCCAAGAUCUUGGGUCGUUUCGAAGACAGAGGUUUCAAGCUAGUGGGCAUCAAGCUCAUCACCCCAACAGAAAACUUGCUCAAGCAGCACUACGCCGAGCACGUUGACAAGCCUUUUUUCCCCAAGAUGUUGGCUUUCAUGAGCUCUGGUCCCGUGUUGGCCACCGUGUGGGAAGGCCAGGACGUGGUUCGCCAAGGUCGUGCGAUUUUGGGAGCCACCAACCCACUAAACUCGGCUCCAGGCACCAUCAGAGGCGAUUUUGCCAUCGACAUGGGCAGAAACGUGUGCCACGGCUCCGACUCUGUGGAGUCUGCGCAGCGUGAAAUCGGCCUAUGGUUCAAGGCGGAGGAGCUCGUCGACUGGAAACUACAACAGUUGUCGUGGAUCUACGAGUAA